UCCGCGUCUCUGUUCAGCAGGCACCUGUGUGACCGGCGAACACGCCGCGGUCGCGUCGCUUCCUGCCGAACAUCUCCUACUCUCCGCUGCGAUUCGGUUCGGCUCAGCUCAACUCGGCGCUGCAGCUGCUGGGGCGCACGGGAAACCUGUGUGUUCAACAGGAAGGAAAACUGCGCUGCGGACGGCUCAGUGCGGGUUCAGUGUGGAGGGGAGACCCGGGGAGAGGAGCAUGCAAGCGGCACGUCAGUGCCAGCUCCGUGUCCGAGUUUGGAGCGUGGAAUUAUCCUGAUACCUGCUGAACUUGUUGCUGCUGGAGGAAAUAAAAGCUGUGUGGAGGGUUACGACCCAGAGAGGAGAUAAAAGUCCAAGGAACAAGUUUCGGUGCUGGAUUUUUAACGGAUUUUAAUCAGAAAUGUAAAGAUUUUGAAGGAUUUUUUUCUCAGUGGAGGUGAGUUCGGAGGUGAAAACUGGUUUGGUUUUUGCAGUUUUGAUGCGUCCAAACUAUCAGUAAACUGGGGCUGAUAAGGACAGACUGGAUAGGUGGAUUUGUUUUGUUUCUAAGCUGUUAUUGUAAGUUUUACGCAUAGUUUUCGUGCAUAAAAUUAUUAGUUAUUUUCUGGAGAAACUCGAAGGUUUCAUCUGUUGUCCGGCUCUGUCUUCUCUCUCCAGAUGUCCUGUCGGUACUCCGCUGCUUCCUGAACUUCCCCACACAGAGCCCCUCUCUGAGCUCCAGGACCGAGCUCCACCACCUCCACCAGCAUGGCAGCAGGAGUGGCGGCGUGGCUGCCGUUUGCACGCGCAGCGGCCAUCGGCUGGAUGCCGGUGGCCAGCUCGCCCAUGCCGGUGCCCCCGAAGGACAAGCCGCGCGGACGGAACGGGAUCAUCGUGAUCAACGUGAGCGGCACAAAGUUCCAGACUUGGCAGGACACGCUGGAGCGGUACCCGGACACCCUUCUGGGCAGCUCGGAACGGGACUUCUUCUUCCACGAGGAGAGCAACGAGUACUUUUUCGAUCGCGACCCAGAUAUCUUCAGGCACAUCCUCAACUUUUACCGCACAGGGAAGCUGCACUACCCGCGGCAGGAGUGCAUCUCCGCCUAUGACGAGGAGCUGGCUUUCUUCGGCAUCAUCCCAGAGAUCAUCGGGGACUGCUGCUAUGAGGACUACAAGGACCGGCGGCGGGAGAACCAGGAGCGCAUGCAGGACGACGAGGAGACUGACCCCGCCAACGAGCUGAUCACGGCUGACAUGAGCUUCCGGGAGUCCAUGUGGCGCGCCUUUGAGAACCCGCACACCAGCACCAUGGCGCUCGUCUUCUACUAUGUCACCGGUUUCUUCAUCGCGGUGUCGGUUAUGGCCAACGUGGUGGAAACAGUCCCGUGCGGGGCCGUGCCAAACCGGGUCAAGAUGAUGUCUUGUGGUGAACGGUACGAGCUGGCGUUCUUCUGCCUGGACACGGCCUGCGUCAUGAUCUUCACGGUGGAGUACCUGCUGCGCCUGCUGGCUGCGCCCAGCCGAUAUAAGUUUGUCAAAAGUGUCAUGAGCAUCAUCGACGUGGUGGCCAUCAUGCCCUACUACAUCGGCCUGGUCAUGACGGACAACGAGGACGUGAGCGGCGCCUUCGUCACCCUGAGAGUCUUCAGGGUGUUUCGGAUUUUCAAAUUUUCGCGGCACUCUGCGGGACUUCGCAUCCUGGGUUACACUCUGAAAAGCUGCGCGUCUGAGCUCGGCUUCCUGCUCUUCUCCCUCACCAUGGCCAUCAUCAUAUUCGCCACUGUCAUGUUCUACGCAGAGAAAGGAAGCGGGAGCAAGUUCACCAGCAUCCCGGCGGCCUUCUGGUACACCAUCGUCACCAUGACAACCCUGGGAUAUGGUGACAUGGUGCCAAAGACCAUCAUGGGGAAGAUUUUUGGCUCCAUUUGCUCUCUAAGUGGCGUGCUGGUCAUUGCGCUGCCGGUGCCCGUCAUCGUCUCCAACUUCAGCCGGAUCUACCAUCAGAGCCAGCGAGCUGAGAAGAGGCGAGCACAGAAGGCGUCCAAGGAGGCAGGUCAGGCGCUGGUGUGUAAGACCAACCCCAUCUUUGAGGUGCAGCACCAUCACAUUCUGCACUGUCUGGAGAAAACCACAAAUCAUGAGUUUGUGGAUGAGAAGACGUAUGAGGCAAGCUGUAGGGAGGUUACUCUGGUGAAGCAAGUGUCGCGCUCCUCUUCUAUCUCCUCCUCUUCACCUCACGGCCUCUCCUGCUGUGCCCGCAAGAAGAGGAAGACCUUCAACGUACCAAACUCCAACAUGUCAGUGGGUCUGCAGGGCAGCAUCCAAGAGCUGAGCACCAUCCAGAUCAGAGAGAGACCUCUGACCAACAGUCGCUCCAGUCGUUCCAGUCUGAACGCCAAGUUUGAGGAGACGGUUCCUCUUAACUGUGACCAGCCGUACAUCACCGCCGCCGUCAUCAGCAUGCCCACACCACCCGUCACCACGCCUGAGGGGGAUGAAUCAGCCAGCUCCCCUGACUACUCCCAGGCCAACAUCGUACGGGUGUCAGCGCUCUAGGAUCUAUAGACCUCAUCCCAAACCUGAAACACAUCUACGCAGCUGGAGGACGGCAGCUACGGCGCCGCAACACAACAGACUCAGUGGACGGGCGGCAGGUGUCCACAAUGGAACACAAUGGGUUAGCUUGAUUAGUUAAUCUCUCUAGCGGAGAAAUAUGUCGAUGUGUAUGCACUAAAGCUCAGCUAACCCCCUCUCAGAUUUUUCUUUUGGGAAGGAUUUUUGUUACAGCAACUGAAAAAGAAACUGUAACUGCAGAGAAAGCUAUCUAAUUACUGUUCAUCACCAGUGUGAGUUUUAAAUCAUAUUAAUGUUUUGACACAGAACUGAUGCUAUACUUCUGUGUUGUGUUUGCAAUUUAAAGGAAAAUGCUAACAUUUUAGGAUCUACGUAUGUGUCUAUCUUCCAUUUUUCCAUCAGCUGGCAGUUUGAAAAAAAAAGAUUUUCACUUUUAUCUGAAGUCAUCGUAAGAUUCUGUGCUUAACGUAGACAGAAAUCUAGAAAAAAGCAGCCAAUUCUUAGGCCACACUACUUAAACGCUAAUUUUACUUAUAUCAAUGUAAUUUAUGUUGGCUAAGUCUGAUUUUUUUUAAUUACAAACCAUCUGACUUAGAGGCAUUUAUGAGUCUAUGUAACAAACCAGUCCAAGGGAGAACACUUUACACACCUUUAAAAACAAAACAAAAAAAUGACAACAUGUAAAAAUAACACAUUUAAACUGUAAAAUCUGGAAACCAAAAUUGUGUUUAUACAAAUUAAACUUGGAAAUAAAUAUCUGUUUUUACUAUACUUUACAGUGAGGAACAGAUUGAGGGCUUGGGUAUACCGUCACCUGGUAAAUCUGUGUUUUCGACUUAUCGGCAGAUUUGGGGAUCUGCUGAUUUAAACAUCGAGUUUGUAGUACGCAAUGACUGUCCUGGAUCAGUGAUGGCCUACAAAGGUACGUAAAAACUGACGACCUCUUCCCGUUGUCAGCUGAUUUCAGAGAAAGUGCUGCUCAAGGCGUCGACAGAAAGGACACCGUAACCACCUGAGCAUGUUUCUUAUCUGUGUGUGUCCAAGUGCAUGGACCGAUGAUGUUCAUGCUGUUUCUCUGCAUGCAGAUCUGACUGCAAAGACUGACUGUAAAUACUCAUUUUUACCCGGCUUUCUGUCAGAGUUGACUGCCUUCUUCUCUGCUCUACACAAAUCAACUCAUCAGGUUGUCGUGGUAACAAAAUGCCAUCGUAAAAAACAUUGAUGUCAAUUUGUGAUACAAACUUUUGUCUUUCUCUUUGUUGUCCUGCUUGCUGAUUUAUUUUUAAAGCACAUGUUGCCUGAUGUUAUUUUUCUAUUCUUAUUUUAUUCUCAGCGAAUUAAAACAGUCGAGUCAAAUUUAAUUAGAGAUGAUUAGCGCCAUUUGAGAACAGAAAAACAAUUACUUGCUCGCCUUUAUUAAAAUUAGUCGGUGCUAGAGUCUAGUAAAAUGUAGCUAGCUAGCAACAAGCUAGCACUAACAAAUACAAACAGAACAGCAGCUAACUGGCAUUAAACUAGCUAGCUGUUUAUUUUUGCUAGUGACAUUUUUAUUGUACCUUCCAAAGCUAAAAUUCUCCAAAUGUUUAAACUCCUAACAAAAUUAUAACUCUGGUCAAUAUUGACAAAUACAUAACCAGAAGAGUAGCUGCAUCAGUUUAUUGUAAACUGGUUUAACAUUAGAGCAUAAUAUACAUACAAAUAGUCAUAAAAAUAAAUCAAAAAAGUACACAAAGAAAAGAAAAUCUGCAGUUUUUAAGUCAAAUAAGUUUGUAGAUGUUCUCUGAAAUUUACUUUUAUAUGUUAAAGUAAAAAAAAUAUAUCUUCAAAGUCUUAUACAUAAUAUCUUAAUGUAACAUAUAAGUUAAAUCAGAUUUAUUUCUAACCACCCAUAUAAAUCACUUGAAAAUAGUUGAAAAUGGUACUAAAUAUCUUCAAUUAUUCAUUUUUUCUCGAAGAAGAAUGACACCUGUCAUUGUCAAACAUUAUAUCUCAUGUAAAACAGAUUUUUAUUUUUCAAACAUGACUAAGUCCAAAUGAGCACACUUAAUGUCAGUAAACUGAUGGUAACACUGGAGAUGCAAAUCUAAAUUAAGAAAAAACACUUUUUUAUUUUAAAUAAAUGCAUGUAUGAAUAUAUUUACCAUUACCUGCUUACUGAGUCUCAGUGUGUCUUCUUUUAUUUUCCAUGUUUCUGAAUUUUACAGAUAAGUUUACUUUGCCUUCAGAGAUGAAAUAGAUGCAAAUAUGUUCGAGCAGACAUCUGAUCUGUCAACUGGAAUUUAAUCUGCUCGAACCAGCUGAACUCUAAUAAAUGCAGAUUUGUUUCUUUCAUUUUUAAGGCAAAAAAUUGCCUGAAUGCAAAAUUUUGGAGGCCAACCUUCUUCAUCACUGCUCGAACCUAAGGUGACAUAUGCAACCAGUUUGUUUUCUUUUUGUAAAGUUUCCUUCUGCUUUGUAUUUUGGGAACUGGGAUAAAGGUGAGGGGAAAAAACAGAUGCAUAUUUUUGAGUAUCAUGUUGAAUUUUGUUGUAAAAGUAAGAAAUACAGAUUAUUCUGAUUAUGAUUAUUACUCUUGCUAGUGCAAAUGUGUUGUAAAUGUUCUUCAGUGUAGUAAAUCUUAUUUUUUUCUAUCAUUUCCAUAAUGUUGUCUUAUGUUCAUGACAUUUUUCUAAAGUGUUCCCCAAUGCAUGCGUUUGGACCAGUCAUCAUGUCAGAGACGAGAAGUGAUGAAAGAAUGACAUGGACGUGAGGGCGUUGUGUACAUUGAUGAAAACCAGAGGAUGAUUAUCAUAAUUAUUAUUUGAUUUGUUACAGCUUGUAUUAUUGAUAAAAUAUGAAUUAUUGAGGAUAAUAUUAAAAAAGAAGCUUCCAUGGUUUUGUCCGGUGCAGUGUCUGAAUACAUAGAAUAAACCAUGUUAUAUUAAAAA